AUGGUUGAAAGUAUGGAAGGGGUUGAGAUGACGGGACCGGCCAACGAUUUACCCCCCUUAAGUGAGCAGGAGAAACGCAUUUUGGAAGUGUAUGACAAAUUAGAAGACCUCCAAGUUGAGAUCGCUUUGUUGAAAGCUCAAGGUGUUAUUUCUUCAGGGGAUCAACCAGAAGAAGUCACUGAUGGAGAUAUCCGAAAGGCAGAGAAAGACCUUCUUGAGUCAAAAGCUAAUUACACGUUACGGUCGAAAAUUAUUGAAAAUGUUGUUAUUGCCAAUCCCAUAUUGAAGGCAGUUCAUGCGGGUAGUAAUGCCUCCGUUAUAGAACAGGACCUCCUACCAUUCAUUGAGAAACGUGAUGCUCUUUCUGAAAACCUGGCUCAGGUAUCUAAUAACCUCCAAUCAUCAAGAGAAGAGUUGAUGAAAGAGUCCAACGAGAACAUUAUUACGGGCAGGAAGAACGUUGAACUAGCUACGGAAAUGAUGGUUUUGGCAGAAGAGGCGAGUAGUCAAGGGAAAGAAAACAUUCAAGAUCCUGAGGUUCGUGCACAGUUGGAUGAGUUGGAGGCAGCGAUGAAGAAUAGUAGACAGAGAUGGAGGAUCAUGAAGAAUACUGCUAGUGCUGUGGUAGUUGGUAGUGGUGUUGAUUGGGCGAGGGAUCCUAAGUUAUUAGAAAUUGUCCUUGACGACGAUGGAGAUUGA